AUGGCCUCACAGUCCAAUGAAGUCAAGGAUCGCAUCACCUACGGCGUCGUGCACGUGGUGUUGAAAGGUGACCACGAGACCCAGCUCAGCGCCGCCGUCAUUCACCCUGCUUUCUGGGGCACUAUACCGGGGAUGAAGUACUCAACCGUCCAGAUUCAUGCCCCAGAACAAAUGCGCGUCGAUCCUGAGGAAGAGCUGGACAUCAGUCCUCUGUGGGCACAGUGUGCACGAAAGCUCUGGAGCGACGUGUUUGAGAAGGCAGGGCUCACCGACCAUUGGCUCGAAAUCUAUAGUCUCGACAAGUACAUGGGUGAACGCCAAAAACAGUCCGUGUUCUAUCGCCGACCAACAUUGCAACUUGCUACGCGUUAUUGCGGACUGGAGACUGCUUUGAAUUGGGAGGGCUUCUACGCACAGAAGUUACAGGAAAUCCGGCAAGCUCUCGAUAGCCCGAAUGUUCAGGACCGAGAGGGCAAGCAAUCACUUGAAGAGCAGUUGCGAGGUCUUACAGCAUGGCAGGAGCGGAAGGAACAGGGAUUCGUGCACUCACAACAUCACCCUCUUUUCGGUUAA